UCAGAACAGCAAAAAACAUUUACCAGAACAGAAACAACUAAACAUCAGAGAACCAGAAACGAUAAAGCAUCAGAAACAAACAACAAAACAGCAGACACAAAUAAACAAAACAUAGAAAAACACCAAAACACCAGAGAAACAAAAACUUUGUUGUUGUUAAACUUUAACACACAAAAACAUUUAUAUUUAAGUGUUUGCCUAAACACUGCCAAACCUGCUCGAUAUAACCUUUAAAUAAUUAGAUAUUAUUCAUAAUGACCAGCACUGGUUGGCGACCUUUACCUUUAAUACUUGGUUGUUUUGGCUGUUUAUUCUCUGCCUUAUUAAAUAUUUGGCGGUGGAUAUUAAGACAAAAAUGUUGUCAAAAUAAUAAUUAUUGUUGUUGUUGCCAUUGCCAUAAUAGAAAUACUGGAGGGAAAAAAUCUUUAAUUAAAAUUGAGGAGGGAACAACAAUUAAUGAAGAACAACAACAAUCAAUUUCUGUAGAUCAACCACUUUUACUUUUGUGUUCUCCUUUGCCAUUAAUUGAAGAGACUCCUCUUCCAUCACUUGAUAAUGAAAUGCGCAAAAUCCCAUCCCAUACCUUACCUAUUAAAAAAGAAGCUGAAGAAACUCGAAGUUUGGAUAGACAUUUAUUUAGUGUAAGAUGGAAUAAACGAGGAACUAGUACAACAAAAAUAAAUUGUAAAAAUAAUAUUAGACCCUCAUUAAAAGCUACUACUACACAAAUUUUGGAGAAAAAGAAGAAUAAUAAUUUAAUUUGUGAUAAUUCUAAUGGAGGAGAUGAUUUUGAUUCACCAGCUGUUGCUUUAAUCGAUCCUUGUACAUCCUCAGCUUCUAGUCCAGCUACUGCUGCCGUUCAAAAUUCAAGUUGUUUACAACAACAACCUUCUGUUCCUCAACGAUUAGCGUGCUUUUUGUCGAAACGACUAAAAAGGACCAAAAGUUUCCCUAAACUUGCAAGUGCUUUAGGUAGAGAUAAACUUACUGCAACAACAACAACACUAAAUGGAAUUGGUAAACAAGGAGAACAUCAAUUAAAAAUUAGAGCAAGUCUUGGUUCAAAUGCAUUAAGAACGGAUCAACAACAACAACAACAACAAAGAAGCCAACCUUUAAGUCUAUACUUGCCUGGUCCAACAGAAGAAAAAUUAAAAACAUCUAGAUCUUAUGAAUCUUUAUUGUUGUUAAGCCAAGCAGGAGUAUGUAAUAAUAAUAGCAGUGUUUUACAAAAAAGUGAGUUUUAUUUUUAA